AUGGAGAUGUCCCUCAAGCUCGACCUACGGCUGCUGCUCGGCAUCUUCAUCUUUUUCAGGCUGUUAUUUGCACAAGGAAAUUCUUCCGACUCCACGAUAUUGCCCUCGACGACUUCAAACAGUUCAACGACACCGCCAACUUCAAGCAGUUCGACGACACCGCCAACUUCAAGCAGUUCAACGACACGGCCAACUUCAAGCAGUUCGACGACACCGCCGACCCCCUCCAAUUCCAUACAAUCCGAUGACGAGUUGAUAUCCAUCCUUCAAAUCGUUGCAAUAGCCAUCGGCCUCUCCCUCAUCUGCAUCAACACCAUCGCCACCAUCUUCACUUGCCUUUAUAUGAAGCUACGCAAGAAAACCACAUGGGAGGGCGGCGGCGAGGCGGCCGAAGAAGCCGCGCGCUACACGGAGAAGUACGCGGCCCUGUGGGAGGCCAAAAAAGCGCAAAGGGCCAAAGCGGAAACCCCGGAAUCGGCUGAGGCUUCUGACACGAAAGGGUCCAAGGAUGCGCCUUCAAAU